AUGACGACUCAAGACAUGACAACUCAAGCCAAUAGGGAGGUUGUGGUCCCCUUGAACCCAUAUGUGGGUACAACGACAACUAGGAUAAGAGACUUCACUAGAAUGAAUCCCUCAAAAUUUCACGAUUUUAUGGUUGAGAAAGAUCCUCAAGAAUUCAUUGAUGAAGUGUAUAAAAUGUUGAUGAUCAUGGGAGUGAUGCCGGUGGAAAAGGCGGAAUUGGCCGCUUACCAACUUAAGGGUGUUUGCUCAAGUUUUGUCCCACCAAUGGAAGGGAGGGAGGGCGGUUUCUCUAAUGCUCCUCCUAAGUUUAACAAAGAUUGGGUGUCUAACCCUAAGCCACAAGGAGGAAACGGUAGUGAAUCUUCAUUUCCUACUUGUGCUAAGUGUGGAAAGAAGCAUGAUGGUAGAUGUCUAGCCGGUUCUAAUGCAUGCUUUGGUUGUGGUAAGAUGGGUCACAAUAUAAGGGAUUGUCCCUCAGUUUCUAAGAAUGAAGAAGAUAAUCAUCGGCUGGCUCAACCUAAUCCUUCAUCCGGUUCUAGUGGGAGUCAAAAGCAAAACGGAUUCUAUGCACUUCAGACUCGUUGUAAGCAAGAGGGUUCUCUCGAUGUGGUUAUUGGUACAUUGAAAGUCUUCAUCUUGAUUUUAUUGUUUGCUUAA